AUGAGCCCUUCAUCCAAAACCUUCAUUGUCGAGCAUCUGGACCCGGAACUUGGUCCGUGGUCUGAGCUCGAGUACAUCGCCAUUGCCAAGGAGUCCGAGGCCGCAGGUAGCACCUUCACCCUUUCCAGUCUCCCACCCGACUUUCAAGUGCCUUCGGCCCUGAAAGCCGUCCCUGCUUUUGUUGCCGAACACCGUGGAGUUGAGGAGAUUUACGCUGCCGAUAAAUCCAGAGUCUGCCUCCUAGACCCGGCAGCAUCUCAAGAUCUUUCCCCAGCAGACGGUGACAAGUUUGAUGCUUUCUUGUUUGGAGGCAUUCUCGGCGAUGAUCCCCCACGGGAUCGAACCUCAGAGCUCCGCAAGAAAGGAUUCGAGGGACGCCGACUGGGGCCUACGCAAAUGACUACCGAUACUGCCGUGCGAGUAACUCGUAUCGUGGUGCAGGAAAAAGUGGCUCUGGACAAAAUCGAGUACCUUGACUUCCCAGAGCUCAAAUUUAAUGAGCAUGAGAGCACCCAGAUGCCUUUCCGCUACGUAAAAGGCAAGGAUGGUGGCCCCAUUAUGCCAGAGGGCAUGAAGGAGCUCAUUCAACAAGAUGCCGACAAAUCAUUGGAUGAUCUGAUCUAG